AUGGUUGUUGUGGUCAUCAUUAUGAUCAUCUUCAUCAUCGUCUUCAUUAUCACGAUAGCCAGCUUCAUGAUGAUGCACUUGAAUGAGUACAGCAUGGCGCAGAGCGUCUACACAUUCCACGGGGAUUCAAAAAAUUGGGUUGACCAUCUUAGGAAGGCUAAGAAAGACUACCAGACAAUUCGCUCAGACUACAGUCUACGAAACAGCGCUUGCACUGACAUAUCAGCAACCGACCAGCCUUCAAAACCGAUCCUAAUUCCAGACAAACGUUUCAGUAGUAAUGACUCUCCGCAAGACCGUGCCACACAAGAAAGCAGUCAAACGCAUCAUCCAAAAAGAAAACCAUCUUCGUCAACCGAUCUGUUAGCAGACGAUCACUCCAUAUGCAAAUCCUCGGCAAGUUUUCCAUUGGCCAGUCAAAUUUCUCAACUUUCUGUUCCGAUUUCAUCCACCUCCAUCAGUCGUUCAAACUCUGAGCACCACAAAGUCAACCCUGAUGCGGUAUCUUCAUCUCAGGCACACGUCACUAGCGUUGAUAGGAGGGGUACAUCGAGUGACAGACUUCGUAGAAAGUUCAAGUUGAGGCAGUUAUCUGGGGGAAGUUUGAACGAAUCGAGUGACGAGUACGAUUUGGUGGCAGCGAACGUCGAAGUAAGACCCACACCACCCAAAACGACGAUAUUGGAACUCUGUUCGAGCACACCUUACUUACCCGUAGAUGUAAAAAGUAUGGAAAACACCUACGUUGGUGAUUCUAACGUUUCCAUUUCUACGCUUGUAACUCCAAGUAUCCAGGUUCGAAGACCUUCGUGUCAGCAUAGGAAGAGCAUUUCAGAACCUUUGAAGCACUUUUUAACUGAAGCCAAAUCACUUUCGGCGUCGGGUAGCAGUGAAUACAUGGACAGUCCAGACGGAGAAUACAAACAGUGGCUGGACAACAAUGUAGUGGCCGAUAAAAACAGCAUCAAAUGUCUUUCCUCGUCCAUGCAUGACCUCAACUCGAUACCGCCUACUAUUAUUAAUUCCAAUCUGAGCGGUUCAACCAGCCGUCUCUACGAUAAGAUAAAAACGGACUCAGUUGAUACGAUAUCACUCGACGACAGAUCAAUUGAUCCUUCUGGGGAUUCCAAUCUGUCAAACACACCUCGCGGUACUCAACUACAACUGAAUAACUCAACAGAGAAACAACAGCCAACUGCAAAUACUAACAACGCCACUUGUAACGUUAAAGAUGACGAAGGAAUAGCUAUUGAAAUUGAUAAUACAAACCUCGAAGAUGAUCCGAUCGAUGCUGGCGACGGUCCAGCAACGUCGAAAAAAGAAAGUACCUCUUCGGUGGAAGAAUUUCAUUUGUGUUGUUUACCUGAAGAUUACUUCUGCAUCCCGUCGUCCAAUUCCUCCGUCAUCGGCAGUAAUAGCGAUCAGCAACCACUUUCUCCAACCUGGAAGAAGCAUCGACAUCAUCAGCUACUCUCCGUGACCGAAGUUUCGACUCAAACUCCGAUCGAGUUUUUAAUAUCCGGAUAUUUCUCGAUUGUAACACCGAUUGAUAUAGACUACAACCAAAGAUCAACUACUCAUUCGAGAUCUUUACCAGACAUCUUUGAUGUGUUGGCGGUCAAUUAUCUUAAAAAUGGAAACACAGAUUUAUACAAGUGUCCGACAAACGCACUUCUAAAUUCGCGUGUGUUACAAGCUAAAUAG